AUGAUGAUGAUGAUGAAUCGGAUAUAUGAUAAUGGUGAUGAUGAUUAUGAUUCGGAUAUUGAUGAUGAUGAUGAUGAUGAUGAUGAUGAUGAUGAUGAUGAGGAUGAUGAUGAUUCGGAUGAUGAUGAUUCGGAUGAUGAUGAUGAUUCGUAUUCGGAUGAUGAUGAUGAUGAUGAUGAUGAUGAUGAUGAUGAUGAUGAUGAUGAUGAUGGUGACGAUGAUUCGGAUGAUGAUGAUGAUGAUAAUCAUGAUGGUGGUCAUGAGCACGCUCAUGAAGAUGAUUAUGAAGAGGAUGUUGAUAAUUUGGUUGACGAUGGUGAUGUUGACUACGAAUAUUCGGAUAAUGAUUUUGUUGAUGAAGGUGUCAUCGAGGCUGAUGAUUCGGAUUAUGACGAUGAUGAUGACGAAUAUGAUAAUCUUGUUGUUGAUGUUUAUGAUGAUGAUGAUGAUAAUAAUGAUUGGGAUGAUGAUGAUCAGGGUGGCCAUGAUUUUGAUGAAUAUGAGUCGAAUGACGGAGAUGAUGACCAGCAUGAUCCGAAUUAUUAG